GGGGGAAAGAGUAUAAUUUCUCGAACACACUCGAAAUACCACCCUUUGAGGAACAAUUUGCCAUCCAGCGAAAGCGGUAAAUAAGACAAAAUUUGCCCCAUUCGUAGGCCAUCUUUAAAGGAUACCAACAUCCUACUUACCACACACACCUGCAACUGUCGCAACAACCUCGGGGGCAAUAAAAUGAAUGGAAGUAGUAAAGGAAACACGAAAAAUGAGGAAAGUAACGAUAAUGAAAAAAAUAACAAAGAGGAGAAUAAAAUAAAUGUGGGGGGGUUUCAAUUCUUUGCUAAUACCUGCGAAGAGAAGUUAAAACUUUUUUUGGAAAAUUAUUUCAGCGCGAAAAGCAGCGCGGAUUUAACCUUCAAAGCAGAAAAUCAAGUGGUGGGAAUACACACAGGUGGUAGCGAUGAAACCAGUGGCGAAGCAGAUGGAAACGAGGGACACACAAACUGCAAUAGUAAUGACCAUAUGGCGAAUGACUCCUCCUACGAGAACGAAGACAAGCAGGAAAAUUACUUUGAAAAGAACCCCCCCAUCAAAAGCAAUUACGACAAAAUAGCCAUCAACCUGGUGGAUGAAGUGCAGAAGUUCAUAAAGCCCUACGUCAAUGAGCGGCACAAAAUUGUCGUCCAAGGAAUUAUCGGGGAGAACAGGAAGCAGGGGAUUCACGUUGCCUCCAAGUCCCUCUGGAACGUCGAAACAGAUAACUACAUUUCGGCCAAGUACGUCAACGAUUUCAUUUUUGUCACCGUGAUGGUCUUCCUUUUGUACAACGAAUGA